UCUCGAAGGCCUAAGCUCUGUUUUUUGGCGGUUCUAGUUGUGGAAUCAUGGUUUUGCCCAUCAUAGUUCACACCUCAUCAUCGUCAUCACUUGUAGUCUGAAGGUCGCUGGCCUGGGCAUUAAAAACCAGGUGACUCUGGGUAAGGUAACUCACAUCGAUAUUGGACACCCAACCAAGAUGAGGUGCGAUCUGCAAGUGCAAGUUUUCCUGUUUUUCGUAAUUAGCGUUUGGAUGACUGAAGCUCAUGCCCUAGGAGGAGGUGGUAUCGGAGCUGUUGGAGGAGUAGGAGCUAUUGGUGGUAUAGGAGCCAUUGGUGGAGUGGGUGGAAUCGGAGGAGUUCAGCAAGUUCCCGUCGUACAGCAAGUUCCCGUUGUCCAGCAAGUUCCUAUCGUACAACAGGUGCCCGUCAUCCAGCAACAGCCACAAGCUCUUGGUCUCGCAGGAGGAGGUGGUUUCAUUGGCGGCGGAAUCGGAGGAGGUGCCGGCUUUGGACGCUACAAGGAAAGCUAUCGAGUGAGAGCAAGGGGAUUCGGUGGUGGCUACAGAGCCCGUUAUGAUAAGAAGUUUGGAGGAGGAUUCGCUGGAUUUGGAGCUGCUGCAGGAGCGGGGGCAGCGGGAGGCGGUCUGCUGGGAUAAAUAGUUAAAAAUUAUUUAGUUAAAUUAACAAUUAUAA